AUGGGAUAUGAAAAGCUAUCAGAAAUGACAGUUGCCUAUGCUAAAGGCAUUCCUCUAGCUUUAGAAGUUUUGGGUUCCCAUUUUCAUUCUAGAGAUAAGGCAUACUGGGAGAGUGAGCUCGAGAAACUCAGAAAGUAUCCCCGUCCAGAAAUUCAAAAUAUAUUGAAAGCGCUAGAAUCUUGUGGUUUCAAAGCAGUUAGUGGAAUCCAAAAUCUCAUGGAUAAAUCUCUCAUAAAACCAGGUUGGUUGCAUGAUGAAAAUAUCGAAAUGCAUGAUUUGAUACGACAAGUGGCUGAGCAAAUAGUUCGUGUGGAAUGUAAGAAAGAUCCUGCAUUACGUAGCCGAUUAAAUGAUGCGGAUGAAAUUUGUAAUGUAUUGCAAAGGAACAAGGAUCUUGUGAAUUUAAAGAUAUUACAUUUGAGGGGGUCCAAACAGUUGAUGGAGCUGCCUGAUUUCUCUAGGGCACAUAAUCUUGAAAAACCUCAAGAAAUUCUCUUUAUCAUCAAAGAAAUUGGGAAGUUUGUGUUUCGAGGGACUGGAGUUGAAAUAUUGCAUUUGCUACCAAUGGGAGGUUUCACGGAACUCAAAGAUCUUAAGAUUUUUGGUGAAAGAUUAAGGAGCCUUCCGAUAAGUGAGCUAUGUAGCUUGACAAAUCUUGAGGCAUUUGAAAUUUGGGAUUUCCAGCAGGCCUUAACAAGCUUGAAACACAUUUCCCUGAGAGACUGUGAGAUGCUUAAGUCUAUACUUGGACUUCCUCCCUUCCUUGAAGAUUUAGAUGCUGAAGGAUGCACUUCAUUGGAGAUCAUAUUUUCUGACUCUCUAGUUCAAAAUCCAUGUCGAUUUGAUUUCCAGGAGUGUAUAAAGUUGGAUGAGUGUUCUCUUCGCUUCAUUGAGAAACUAACUCAUUUCUCUUUCACUUCAGCCAAGGCUAAGUGGCUUCCUAAUGUUGGGGCUUGUUACGCGGGAAGCAGAGUUCCAAAAUGGAUGGAAUAUAAACAUCAGACAGAGGCUUCCAAUGCUAUCGAAUUCAUUUGCAAUCUCGAACGAUCACCCACCAUCUUAGGUUGCUGCGUUGUUCCUCCUCAUCUCUGCUUACCUUCCGUGCAAAGUAUCUAUUGUGAUUUCUCUUAUAAUGAUAGCAACAAGUCCUGCAAUUCAUUUCCUUUAUAUUGUGGGUGUAAAAUGGAGCCGUCUCAUGUUUACAUAUGGAACCUGGAAGGGGAAGGAAUUGAGAAGGGCUUCGUUUGGCGCUGGAACAGGUAA